AUGUUCAGCAAGUUGGUGAAGCUCAUGAAGGGUCCCACCGUGGGUCCCACCCCGACCCCUACUUCUGCCCCUGCUCCUCCUCCAGCACCCGCCAAGGAAGAAAAACUUCCAGACAAGGAAAACGGAGACAAGAAAGAUGAUAAAGUCCCUGUUACAGCACCAGUUCCAGCCCCAGCACCAGCUCAACCAUCGGCCACGGAUCCGGCACCCAAACCCGAGGAGAAGCCUGCAGACCCAGCUGAUGGCCAGCCACCUGCUGAGGGUGAAGAAGCUUCUGCCCCAACUCCCCGCCCCAUCGUGACAACCAAGCACAUCGAUGAUCAACUUAUUGAGAUUGUUAAACGUUUACGGGAACGGACUGCGGUGUUGAAAGAGAAGAUCAUUGAUCCCUAUGCGUCCUCUCCAGAGAGCAGCCCUCCAGUCACACCUGUCUUCAGGAAACAAGAUUACUUGAAAAGAGAGGAGGAGAGGAAACGAAAAGAAGAGGAAGACAAGAGAAGGAAAGAGGAGGAAGAAAGAAAGAAGAAAGAAGCAGAGGAAAGAAAAAAGAAAGAGGAAGAGGAAAGGAAAAAGAAAGAAGAAGAGGAAAGAAAGAAGAAAGAGGAGGAAGAAAAAAAGACGAAAGAAGGACAUGUAAAGGAGGAGGCAAAGGAGGAGGAAAAGAAGCCUGAAGAGAAGAAAGAUGAUACAGACAAAGAGACGAAGUCCAUGUGUCCAAACAUGCACUGCACCUGUCUUGAUUUUCUGUUGAAGCCCAUUGAGGACAGAAUGGACAAAAAGCUGGGCUCCUCUAUUGAUCCCUUCACAGACCGCAGGUAUAUCGCUUGGCUAUCCUUGGUGUCUAUUGCUUUCAACUAUAACCUAUGGUACAUACCAGUCCGUAUGGCUUUCCCAUAUCAUACACAAGAGGUCAUUCCAUUGUGGGUAACCUUGGACCUCAUCGCUGACUGCAUCUUCAUCAUUGACAUGAUCGUUUUUCAGCCUCGACUGCAGUUCUGCAAGGGGGGAGACAUCAUUUAUGACAGAGUUGUAAUUAAGAAGAAAUACCGUGAAUCCGGGAGAUUUCAGAGUGAUAUACUGUCCGUUCUGCCUCUGGAUCUCUUAUAUUUCCCAUUUGGAUUCAAGUCCAUCUUCAGGAUCAAUCGUUUAAUGAAGUUUGAGGCAUUUUUUGAGUUCAGUGAUCGUCUGGAGGGUAUUUUGACCAGAGCUUACAUCUGGAGAGUCAUUCGUACUAUUGGAUACCUGAUGUACAUGCUUCACCUCAAUGCCUGUAUGUACUAUGUUGCAUCUGACUACCAGGGCAUUGGCCAGACCAAAUGGGUCUACAGCGGUCAGGGCAGCGCUUACCUGAGAUGUUUCUUCUAUGCGGAAAAAUCCCUCCUGAUGAUCGCAGAUCUUCCUCUUCCUGAGACCAUAUUUGGUCAGGUCUUUCAGAUGACCAACUAUUUUUUUGGUGCAAUAUUUUUGUCCAUCGUUCUUGGCCAGAUGAGAGAUGUCAUUGGAGCUGCUACUGCUGGCCAAACGUACUUCCGUGCGUCUAUGGAUGGUUGUGUGGCCUACAUGGUGACAAAUCGCAUCCCUAAAAUGGUGCAAACGAGAGUUCGCACCUGGUACAACUACACCUGGUACUCCCAGGGCAUGCUGGAUGAGUCUGAGCUAUUGGAGCAGAUGCCGCUGGUAAUGAGAACGGCCAUCGCUGUGGACAUCAAUCUUGCUACUUUCCAAAAGAUCGACCUCUUCAAGGGUUGUGAUAACCAGAUGCUUGUGGAUAUGUUACUGAGACUAAAAUCAAUUGUGUACUUGCCUGGAGACUUUGUGUGUAAGAAGGGGGAUAUUGGAAAGGAAAUGUACAUUAUUAAAGCUGGAGGGGUGCAGGUCGUCGGUGGACCAGACAAUAAGAUUGUGUUUGUAACUCUAAAGGCUGGAUGCGUGUUCGGAGAGAUCAGUCUUUUACAGUCUUCAGCUAAUGGAGGAAACAGAAGGACAGCUAAUGUUGCCGCUCAUGGAUUUGCCAACCUCUUUGUGCUGGACAAGAAAGACCUCAACGAUAUUUUGAUUCACUAUCCUGAAUCUCAGAAAGUUCUGGCCAGGAAGGGAAGGAAACUGAUGAAAGCCAAGGCUGCGGCUCCGGCUCCGGCCAAAGCCGAUGAGGAAAAGAAGAAGGGCCUGGCUCUGUUUGGACCAAAACCUCCCACUCCCAAACUUCUGCGUGCCUUUGGAGGAGGUCCUUUCAUGAAAAAAGGCUUUCUCGACAAACUUAAGAGUGCUGCUGCUUCAGAGCGUCAAUAAUUACAUCAACCAGGUCACGAAACAUUCGUCAGAGAAUUUUGUUCCCUUUUUAAAUAAUCCGCU